AUGGCUGGCCUUGGCAGGUCACCUCCAAUCAGAAGAACCCAUCUUUUCGACCGUGUCCAUACCUCUCGACCAUAUCCUUCCUCCCCUCACUCACCUUUUGCCUCCCCACCACCCUUCAUCUUUGCUCCCACCCCCAACGGGGCUGGCCACCUCAUCUCACCUCGUGAUGGGUUAUUUUUGUUACACCACUCGCAUUCAUUUCAGCCCAACAACCCACUUUGCCUCCGCCCACCCACACCACCCCCCUCACUUCGGCCAAGUACACCUUCGUCGUCCCCAGUCUUCCCCCGUACCCCAUUUGUUAGUACCACUCUUACUACCUGCGCUUCUGCUAUUUUUGAUGCCAUCGCCACAAUGCUACCAAUUUCAAAAAGAACAGCAGCGGCUCUCUCCGAAUCACUGCGCCUCGAUCGCAAUGCCCCCCCUCCCCGUUUCAGCCCGUCACACCCGCUUUCUCACACCGCCUGCCUUACAACUCAGGCACACGUUAAUAGGAUGUCACUUGUGCGUCACGAGAGCAGCGCCGUCAUGUGA